ACUACAAUGGAAGGAAAACAAGAAGAUUGGUGUUUGUUAAUUGCAAUUGUAUUGGGAUCCCUCUUUCUAUGUGCUUCGCAAGUUUCCGCAGAUGACACGGUUGACAGAAAUACAUCAGAUAAGCUAAGCCUCGGAGGAACUCUCAUUCCUCUACAAAAUACAUCUUGGUUGGUGUCUCCCAAUCAGACAUUUUCUGCCGGAUUUUACGAAGUGGGUGAUAAUGCAUAUGCAUUUGGCGUGUGGUACACUCAUACGGCGAAUCUAACAGUUGUUUGGACGGCAAACAGAGAUCAGCCUGUGAACGGAAGGGAUUCCCGUCUUGAUCUGCAAACUGAUGGAAACCUGCUUCUGUCUGAUGCAAAUGGAAGCACUGUAUGGGAAACCCACACGGGCAGCAAAGAUUUGAAUGUGAAAGAGGCUUUUCUCCUGGAAACAGGAAAUCUCGUUCUGCUGAAUUCUACGGGAGGGAGCGUUUGGGAGAGUUUCGAUUAUCCAACAGACACUCUUCUUCCCCAUCAGGCACUCAAAGGGAAUACUCAAUUAGUAUCCAGGUUGGGCACAGGUUCCAUUACCUCAGGGUACUAUCGUCUCUAUUUUGACUACGACAACAUCCUUCGGUUGAGGUACCAAACCUCAUUUGCAGCCUCCAACUACUGGCCUACUCCUUACCUCGCCAUAUUUGUCAACGGAAGAUCGUCAUACAAUAUCAGCCGUUAUGCAGUUCUGGACGCCUUUGGCGUAUUCAAGUCAAGCGAUAAUUUUGGUUUCACCGCCUGGGAUUAUGGCUUAAACCUUACAAGAAGAUUGACCUUGGAUUCCGAUGGAAACCUGAGAUUAUAUACUUUGCAGGAGGGUAAAGGCAUCUGGGACGUCUCAUGGAUAGCACUCACAGAAGAAUGCUCCGUUCAUGGAUUGUGUGGAGCAAACGGAUUGUGCAUUUACAAUCCUGAGGCCACUUGUACUUGUCCUCCUGGUUUUCACAUGAAAGAUCCGACCGACAGGUUCAAGGGCUGCGAGCGAGACGUUGAGCUUGUGGAUUCUGGAUCCAUUGCUGCACAUCUCGUUCAUCUCUCUCAUACAGAUUUCUAUGGCAAUGAUCUUGUAGGGUACAGUAAAGGUCUCUCUCUUGAAGAAUGUAAGAGGUCUUGCAUGAAUGAUAGCGAAUGUCAAGGUUUCAGCUACGUUCCGGAUGGCAGUGGAAGUUGCUACCCAAAAAACCAACUUCUCAAUGGAUAUCGAUCUGCUGGCGUGGCUAACGACAUGUAUAUUAAGGUCUCCAUCAACGACUCCUCGCUACAAAAUUCCACAUCCAUUAGCGAAAUCCGACCUAACUGCAGCAGUUUUGGGGUACUUGUUACUGUAAGUAGCAAUUUCCAGGCACGGGAGAAGAGGAGCGUUAUCAAGUAUCCACUGUGGUUCGCUGUUGCCUUUGGGGUAAUGGAAAUUGUUUGCAUAACGUUGGGCUGGUGGUACAUGUUCAGAGAAAAUGACGAUAGCUUUGAUUUUGAUCGGCAAGGGUAUUCUGCCAUCCCAAUGGGAUUCAAGAAGUUUCGCUUUGCAGAGCUGAAGAAAGCCACCAAUAACUUCUCGAUAAAGCUGGGAGAGGGAGGUUUUGGUAGCGUCUACAAAGGGAUUUUGGCUGAUGAGAAGGUCGUGGCGGUGAAGCAACUGGAAGGAGUAUCUCAAAGCGAGGACCAAUUCUGGGCGGAAGUGAGCAUUAUUGGCAGAGUUCAUCACAUGAAUUUGGUUCGCAUGUUUGGUUUCUGUGCAGAGGGGCAUCACAGGUUGCUUGUUUAUGAGUAUGUUGAAAAUGGGUCACUGGACAGGCAUCUGUUUACAGAAGGUGAAUCUUUGGGUUGGAAGGACAGGUUUAUGAUUGCAAUGGGUACGGCAAUGGCAUUGGCUUACCUUCACGAAGAAUGUUUGGAAUGGAUUCUUCACUGCGAUGUUAAGCCUCAGAAUAUACUAUUAGAUAGAAAAUUUAGUCCCAAGGUAUCUGACUUUGGAUUAUCAAAGCUGGUGGACAGAGACCGAGCCUUUUCGUUCUCUAAAGUUCGUGGAACUCGGGGAUACGUGGCUCCUGAAUGGGUGAUUAACCUUCCAAUUACGGCAAAAGCUGAUGUGUAUAGCUUUGGGAUUGUACUCUUGGAGAUUGUAAGCGGCCGAAAUGCAUCCAAUCAAUCUGCGAAUUUGGCGCAAUGGGUGUCUAAGAAGAUGGACGAGGGAAAGCUUUUGGAAGUUGUGGAUGCCAGGUUGAAUGGGAUCAUUGACAGAGAAGAGGUGGAAGCUGUGGUGAGAACAGCGUUGCUUUGUCUUGAGCAAGACCCUGGUUUAAGACCAUCCAUGAGCCGAGUAGUCGAAAUGCUUUCGAGAAGACCAGAAAUGGAAAAGGUAUAACAAAGGAUGCUAGAAUUUACAGCGACUGGCGGCCACUUAUGACCAUUCAACCUCAAGUUGACUCGAUACCAACAAUCACCAUGUGAACAAUUACCUUAUGGCAAGUGUAUGUGUGCUCCCUUAAUCUAAUAAUAAGGGAAUUUGCAUUCUGGUCAUGAAGUUGACUAUCAACCCCACUCGUUAUAUGAAAAGUGUUUCUUGUAACUAUCUAUCAAUUAUUUAACUA